AUGUCUGAAAAUCUAGAUCCUGAAGAACUACAACACCUCCAAUUUAUUAAAAAUAAGUUUCAAAUUGUAGAUAGAAUUGGCGAGGGCACGUUUAGUAGAGUAUAUAAGGCUAUAGAAAUUAAAACCAAUAAACAGGUAGCUAUUAAAGCCAUAACCAAGACAAGUUCACCAAAUAGAAUAGUAGACGAGUUAACUUUUUUAAUAACUUUAAAUGGAUUAAAUAAUUGUAUUUUAUUAAAAAAUGUUUUACGACACGAAGAUCAAGUGGUGGCAAUAUUUCCGUAUUUCGAAUAUACAGAGUUUAGAGACUUCUUGAGUUCUGCUACAAUGUACGAUAUAAAAAAAUAUAUGUAUAAUUUAUUGAUAGCUAUAGAGCAUGUUCACUCGUGUAAAAUCAUCCAUAGAGACAUUAAACCUGGGAAUUUUCUUUAUAAUCGCAAUUUAGAAACUGGUUUGCUAAUUGAUUUUGGUUUGGCACAAUUCGAACAAAACUAUGAUUGCAUAAAAACUGAAAACGAAAAAAAUAAAUCAAAACCGGUUAUAUUUUUUAACACUGUGAUAUCAAGAUCUAAACCGCCAGGUUAUUACGAAAGAGACACAAGGCCUGUCAUUAAAGCGCCAAGAGCAGGCACACGAGGGUUUAGGGCACCCGAAGUAAUAUUUAAGUAUCCUUAUCAAACUAGUGCAAUUGAUAUUUGGUCUGCGGGUGUUAUUUUUCUUAAUCUGUUAUCUGCGCAGUAUCCUUUCUUUUUCUCUGGAGAUGACGUUGAUGCUCUUGUCGAAAUUGCAACAAUAUUCGGACAUAAAGAAAUGAGAAAAGCAGCUAAACAGUACAACAGAGUAUGGAAAUCUAAUAUAGACACCAUUCCCGAGGAUAGAAUACCAUUUGAAAAGAUUAUAGAAGGGCUCAAUUGUUAUAAUAUUCCUGAAAGUGAUGCAUACGAUCUUUUGUAUAAAAUGCUAGAUCUUAAUGGAGAGACGAGAAUUACAGCCAAGGAAGCCAUUAAUCAUAGAUUCUUUGAUUCAAUAAAAAUAUAA